UGAAUCGAAAAUAAAUUUCACAAUUGUUUCCCAAUAUGCUCCAUUUCUCCGAGCGCGCUUCCGAGAAUCCCAAUUAGCUUCCGCGAUACGACAAAUGUUUUUUAUUCGUACGUAAUUUGAAUCGCAAACUACUACCAUAUAAAAGGCUAUACCCAUUAUUGUUAGUCAGUUACAUUCUUUACGUCCUAAGGAAGGUACAUCUCCAAACAAAAUGCUUUCUUUCAAAUCUAUCGUGCUUAUCGCUGCGGCUUUCGCAUCAACCAUCGAAGCCAGUGGAGUGGUGGGAGUUGCUCCUGUAGCAGCACCACUAGUGGCACCAGCUCACAUUGGAUACGCUCAUGCUGUUCCUGACAAUGUACCACCAUACGCUUCCCAAGUUAACAUUGAAAGCAGAGCUGUGAAUGUGCCAUAUGCUGCACCCUAUGUAGCAGCUGCAGCUCCUUCCUUCUAUUCCUCCCCCUACGUUUCUCCGUACUCUUUUCCAGCUCCCUUGGCUUCUUAUUCUUCUUACCCAUAUGGUGCAGCUCCACUCGUGCGAUCAGCCUACGGAUUAGCCCCAGCAUUUGUGCGGUAGAUUUGAAGAUAUCAUGAACUAAAGACUUGUAGCAAUAAUAAAGUUUUUUAUAUAUUUA